AUGGAGAAGUACGGCCAGUACAGGGAUAAAGGCUCAGGCAUUGCGCCCUUCUUCCCCAUCGCCCCGCCACCGAGCAACUUCGUCUUCGUCCCAUACCACAUCUUCAUCUUCUCCCUGCGACUAUCGCUGCUGGUCUUUGCCUGGGCCGUCUGGCUCCUCAUCAUCCAAUGGACCCCCGCCGGCGGACUGCUACGAAAAGCCAACUUGUGGUGUAUCCUGGGGAUUCCUGGCGUGUGGUGGAUCGACAUUAGAGUUGACGGCGUGCAGCGAGGAUCUCUGGGCAAGUCAGGCGGCUCCGCAUUGCCUGGACCCGGGUCCAUCAUUGCUUCAUCAUAUACCUCGCCUCUGGAUGUCAUCUAUCUGGCCGCCAUCUUCGAUCCAAUCUUCACCCAGAGCUUUCCAGGAUCUCGCAAAGUACAGCCAUUGUCGCUGGAAGGCGCACUCGCAGGGUGCUUUGCCAUGCCAUCGUCGCCUCAGAAUGCGGUCAAUUUGUCUGAACUGGUGAAGCAGAAUCCUCAGCGAGUGAUUGUGGUGUUCCCCGAGAGCACCACCAGCAACGGCAGGGGAGUUCUUCGACUGUCGCCCUCUCUUCUGUCCGCGACAGACACCACACAUAUCUUCCCCGUCUCCCUUCGCUACACGCCUGCCGACGUUGUCACUCCCAUUCCUGGCUGGAUCGAGGCGGCACGGUUUCUUUGGAAGCUGUGUUCUCGGUCAACACAUUGCAUUCGUGUCCGCAUCGGUCUGCCGAUGACUUUGGCCCAGCAAAAGUCUGUCUCAGACCAGGAACCCAGAGGUCGUCAAAGAUCCAAUGGAUACGAUACUAACUUUUUUGACAGCUUCAAAGCGAACGGCGGCGAUGGCGGCAAUGCAGAAUCAUUCUCAGCAAGUCUAGGACCAGCCGAGCAGCGUUCCUUGGAUAUUGUUGCGGAGUCGCUGUCUCGUCUGGGACGCGCGAAGACGCUCGGGCUGGGAGUGGAGGAGAAGAUCAAGUUUGUGGAUGCAUGGACCGGCAAGACCAAAAAGAGACGAUGA